UGUGGGCGCUCGCUGCUUUCCGCGGGUUCAGUUAAAAUGGCGCCCUAGGUAACGGGAGGCGGCGGCGGCCGUUAGGCUGUGAGGCGCAGGGCGCGCGCGCGCGCGGCAGUUGCAGAGGGAGGUUCCCAGCCCCCUCCCCACGCCCCGGGGUGAGGAUGGCGUGUCCGGAUCAGAAAUCCCCCAACGUUCUGCUCCAGAACCUGUGCUGCCGCAUCCUCGGCAAGAGCGAAGCUGAUGUAGCCCAGCAGUUUCAAUAUGCAGUGAGAGUUAUUGGAAGCAACUUUGCUCCUACUGUUGAACGAGAUGAAUUUCUUGUUGCGGAGAAAAUCAAGAAAGAACUUGUGCGACAAAGAAGAGAAGCGGAUGCUGCUUUGUUUUCAGAACUUUACAGAAAACUCCAUUCGCAGGGCGUCCUGAAAAACAAAUGGUCAAUACUCUACCUCCUGCUCAGCCUUAGUGAAGACCCACGUAAGCAGUCUAACAAGCCGUCAAGUUAUGCCACAUUGUUUGCUCAAGCAUUGCCACGAGAUGCUCACUCAACUCCUUACUACUAUGCUAGGCCUCAGAGCCUUCCAUUGAAUUAUCAGGACCGCAAUGCUCAGUCUGCCCAGAGUGCGGGCAGUAUGGCGAGCAGUGGGAUCAGCAGCAUAAGCAUGUAUGCCCUGAAUGGGCCAACGCCAACUCCACAGUCCCUCCUUCCAGGACAAUCCUAUCAAGCUCCAGGGGUGGGAGAUUGCCUUCGUCAACAGCUAGGUUCACGUCUUGCAUGGGCUCUAACUGCUGGCCAGCCUUCAUUACAAAGCUCUACCUCAAAAGGCCUUCCAAACACUGUGUCUCGCAAUGUGCCAAGGUCAAGGCGAGAAGGGGAGACAAGUGGUAAUGUUGAAAUAACUGAAGCAAACCUUGUAAGAGACAUUUUGUACGUCUUCCAGGGAAUAGAUGGCAAAAACAUCAAAAUGUGCAAUUCUGAAAACUGCUAUAAAGUAGAAGGAAAGGUUAGCCUCUCCAAAUCGCUCAGAGAUACCACAAGCAGACUCGCAGAGUUAGGAUGGCUACACAAUAAAAUAAGAAGAUACACAGACCAGAGGAGCUUGGAUCGUGCCUUUGGGCUUGUAGGUCAGAGCUUUUGUGCUGCCUUACACCAGGAACUCAAAGAAUACUACAGGCUUCUCUCUGUUCUACACUCCCAGCUGCAACUUGAAGAUGAUCAGGGUGUAAAUUUGGGACUUGAGAGCAGUUUAACACUUCGUCGUCUUCUAGUCUGGACAUAUGAUCCUAAAAUAAGACUCAAAACACUUGCAGCACUUGUUGAUCACUGUCAAGGAAGAAAAGGUGGUGAACUAGCAUCAGCUGUCCAUGCCUACACUAAAACAGGAGAUCCCUAUAUGAGAUCCCUGGUCCAACACAUUCUUGGUCUAGUGUCCCAUCCUGUCUUGAAUUUCCUUUACCGCUGGAUUUAUGAUGGGGAGCUGGAGGAUACGUACCAUGAAUUUUUUGUAGCUUCAGAUCCUACAGUUAAAGCAGACCGGUUGUGGCAUGACAAGUACACUUUGAGAAAAUCAAUGAUCCCUUCAUUCAUUACAAUGGAUCAAUCAAAAAAGGUCCUUCUAAUAGGAAAAUCCAUAAACUUCUUACAUCAGGUUUGUCAUGACCAAACUCCAUCUACGAAGAUGAUAGCUGUGGCAAAGUCUGCAGAGUCACCAAAAGAUGCUGCUGACUUGUUCACAGAUUUGGAAAAUGCAUUUCAGGGAAAAAUCGAUGCAGCUUACUUUGAGACCAGCAAAUACUUGCUGGAUGUUUUCAAUAAAAAAUACAAUUUACUGGAGCACAUGCAGGCUAUGAGGCGCUACUUACUUCUCGGUCAAGGAGAUUUUAUAAGACACUUAAUGGACUUGCUUAAGCCAGAGCUUGCCCGACCAGCUACCACUUUGUAUCAGCAUAAUCUGACAGGAAUCCUUGAAACAGCUGUCAGGGCAACUAAUGCACAGUUUGAUAAUCCUGAGAUCCUCAAACGGUUGGAUGUUAGACUUCUGGAGGUAUCUCCUGGUGAUACUGGAUGGGAUGUCUUCAGUCUAGACUAUCAUGUGGAUGGGCCAAUUGCAACGGUAUUUACACGAGAGUGCAUGAGCCACUAUCUAAGGGUGUUUAACUUCCUAUGGCGAGCAAAGCGGAUGGAAUAUAUUCUCACAGACAUAUGGAAAGGACAUAUGUGCAAUGCAAAGCUCCUGAAAUGUAUGCCAGAGCUUUCUGGGGUGCUGCAUCAGUGCCACGUUCUGGCAUCAGAAAUGGUUCAUUUCAUUCAUCAAAUGCAGUAUUACAUUACAUUUGAGGUACUUGAAUGUUCAUGGGAUGAGCUCUGGAACAAGGUCCAACAAGCACAGGACUUAGAUCACAUCAUCGCUGCUCACGAAGUUUUCUUGGACACAAUCAUCUCUCGCUGUUUGUUGGAUAGCGACUCCAGAACACUUCUUAACCAGCUUCGAGCCAUUUUUGAUCAAAUCAUUGAGCUUCAGAGUGCUCAAGAUGUAAUGUACAGAGCUGCUUUGGAGGAGCUGCAGCUGAGGUUGCAGUUUGAAGAGAAAAAGAAGCAGCGUGAACUUGAGGGUGAGUGGGGAGUAACUACAUCCGAAGAGGAACAAGAGAACAAAAGGAUUAGAGAGUUUCAAGAAUCUGUACCAAAAAUGUGUUCACAGCUGCGAAUACUUACACAUUUCUAUCAGGGCAUUGUGCAACAGUUUUUGAUCUUACUGACAACCAGUUCCGAUGAAAGCCUUCGAUUUCUUAGCUUUAGAUUGGACUUCAAUGAACAUUAUAAAGCAAGAGAACCAAGACUUCGUAUGUCUUUGGGCACUAGAGGGAGACGCAGCUCACAUAUGUAAAGCAACUUCUAAUGACUGUUCCUGGAUUUCGGAAGGAUGUUAAACCUGGUAUUGGACAAGGCAGUCAAUGUCUACACACUAAAACCAAAUGGCAUGCAAUAGGUGUCUGUCAUUUCUUCAGGCAAUAUGUUUUCAGUCGUGAUUUGUGUGACACUAUGGGACAGAGCAAAAAAGUCUUGUUUUUUACAUUGACGUUUGUAAUAUUACAAAAUUAAAUGGGCUGGUUUAAACUGUUCCAACUGAUCUGCUGAAUCUUCCUAUUAAUGAAGACCAUAUUUUAUUUGGGGCUUUUUAAGCUGUCUUCACUCUAACGUAUAUUUGUCUCCAGGAAAUCACAUCUUAAUUUGUUUCAGAAGGCACUGUUUCCUUUUUUAACAGUAAAAUAAGAGGGCGUUAUUUUUUCUAUAUAUAUUUGUUCUGUUGGGAUAUCGCUUUUGUUAAAGCCAAGAGAUUUGGAUUGAGACCUAAUAUCCUUAAGAAAAACAUUUUACUAUACUGAUUUUUCAGUGUUGUGAUGUAUUUGUGUGAGAAACUUUGUAUCCUGGUAUGUAAACUUUACAUACAUUUUUUUUAAUUUUUUUCUCCAAGGAUAACAUUUUCAAAAUUUUGAUUUAUUAUUCCAGGCAAAUUCUGCUACUAUACAAAAGCAAAUUACAGGAACAUAACAGGUGUGACAUGUAUCACAUAAUAUAGCAUCCUAAAAAUUGAAGUUAAAACCUCAGUGCUAUCCCAAGUGAAGUAAAGAAAUGUGUAAAUAUGGAUAGAAGUGAAUGAAGUAUUUUGUGGUCAAAAUAUGAUGAUUAGAAAGAAAUUGACUUGGAUAAUGAAAACUACUUAUUUCUUUCCUGUCUAUUUUUCCAUUGUAAAUAUUUAUAUAUUGCUGUCCAGAAGUUAGGGGGAAAUGGUUUUUGUAAAGAUGUCAUUAUAUCAAGUCAUUUUAAGUAGCCAUUUAUUAUGUUCCACAAGUAAAAGCUUAGAAAAAUAAAAACGCAACUAUCUUUCAAA